AACAAUAUUUUAAGAUUCGUAAAACUUAAAUUCUCUCCAUACCUUUUUACCGAAACUGUUUUUUUAGAAAAAUGGAUUGUGAAAACACUAUUACUUCUGCACUGGAAAAGAACAAAAACCUUUCGUUUUUUAGUAAAUGUAGAUUAUGUGUAGAAAAUGAGGGAUUUGCUGUGAUAUCUAGCUUAACUAAUUUAUGUAACAACAUUUAUACACAUAUAGGGAUUAUGGUACAAGAAUCAGAUGAUCUACCAAAUAAAAUUUGUCAUACUUGUUAUAAAAUAGUUGUUGAUUUUGUCGAGCUUACAUCAAAAGCCAGCAAAAAUGAGGUUUACUUAAAAAGUCUAUUCGGUGAUAACAACAAAAAGGAGAGAAAAGGAGAGAAUAUAGUUGACUCAACAAGUCAAAUAGAUGAAAUAACAGAAGAUUUGAUUAGCUGUUCAGAGUCCAAUGUAACCAAAAUAACAGUGAGAAAAGACCUUUAUGAAUCAUCUCCACCAAGUGUUAAGGAGGAAAACCUAGACCUAAAGAUCAAACCAGUGACACACAGUGAACAGACAUGGGAAUGUGAUAUAUGUUCAAAAAUAUUCAAAACACGGAAACAGCACAUGCUGCACCUGAGAUGUCACAAAAAGAACUUUCCAUGUCCAAUAAACAUAUGUGGAAAGAAGUUUGCAACGAAAGGUGAUCUGGACAAACACAUUAGGUGCCACACAGGUGAAAGACCAUUUCAAUGUGAUGAGUGCAAAAAAUCUUUUACACAGAGAGGGUCACUUAAAGCACAUAAAAUAAGUGUGCAUAAUAUGGCAACUUAGCAGGAGUUAAUUUAAAAAGACCCAAAAGGUAAAGGGUGGUAAGGAUGUUACAAUGUGUAUUUAAAUAUUUAAUUCUGUUAAAAAAUAAACACACAUUUCAGUACAUGAGUACAUUAAUGGUUUUAACAUGCCUAUUGCAUUAAACUCAUAAUAAAGCUAAUACUUUUUUUUUGUUUUGAGUUGUUGAAACUGUUUUUUUUUAAGUUUUUUUUUAUAUUGUGUACUUAGCGUAGUACUAAAAAUCCACAAUAUGAUCUCAAUGGAGUGGACAGAUGAGGCAGCUUAAAAUGUUGCAUCAUACACAAUAUUUAUUUAUUAAAUCGACAGUCCUUUAAUUAAUUUGAUAUCAAGCAUGGAUCUCAGGCACCUAUCAGACAGACAGCAGUCAAGCAUUCAAGCAGUCAGUUUUUCGUUCUUUGUGUUGUACAUUAUAUAGAUAUGCUCAGUGCUCACACUGGGGGUGUUCUGGCUUCUUACUGUAUAGGAAUGACAGAACAAUGCCGGACCGCCCUGUAUCUGAUAGGUAUCUCAGGUUUUCAUGUUGUAUAUUUUUCUAAGAUGAAUUAUGGUAGUGACCUAGGUCAUAAGUCCCUGUUUCAAUGUUUUUUUUUUAGUAAUUAA